UUUUUUUCAAUCGGUAUAGUUUUUAUUAAUAAGUUCAUAAUUAUUAUAACAAGUUUUUCAUUAUCUUCUUUUAUUAAUUGGUAAAAUACUCACUGGAGCAGACAAUUUGGUCAUGUUCUAUAAAUGGCGAUGAAGAUGAGUAAGCCGCCAGAAGGUGGAGGAGGUUUAUACCUUAUCAUUUUACUGAUUUUUAUUCUAAAGUUCACUUAUGCGCAAGAGGAAUAUGGAUGUCCUCCUCAGGAUAAAAUUCUUCCUUGUAGAUGUUCUAUGAGAGAUAUGGAAUAUCAAGUAUGGUGCAGUCACAGUGAGUUACCUAAAGUUUUAGAGGGGUUAAAAGCUGUAAGUCAUUAUAUCAGCCAUCCAGUAGAUGAAUUGAUAUUGGAAAAUAAUAAUUUACCAAGUCUUCCUGGAAAAGUCUUUACAAGUCUUCGAGUUCUUCGUUUAAUGUUGAGAAAUAAUCAUCUAGAAAGAGUAUCAUCAGGAUGGUUAGAAGGGCUUCACGAUUCGUUAUUAGAACUCUUUAUCGUUGAACCUGAUUUACGGUCACUACCAGUGGAUAGUUUAGAUAAUCUUCAAGGUCUAGAAGCUAUCACACUUCAAAGUAGAUCUAUGAAAAGACUUCCUAAAUUUUCUGGUUUAACAAAACUUCGUUAUUUACAAGUGAAUUCUCUUACUUUACUUGAAUUAUCACCAAUGCAUUUUCGAGAUUUACCUCAUCUAGAGCAACUACAUAUUUUUGGAAGUCCAAAAUUAAUGAGAUUAGAAGCUGGACUAUUUAGAGGACUACCUAAGCUUUCAUUAGUUAACAUAACGAAUUGUGGUAUCACUUGGAUUCAUCCUAGAGCUUUUGUAGAUCUUCCAGAAUUGCGAGAAGUUUCUCUUGAGAAUAAUAAAAUUCCAGAUGCAGCAAUAGUAGGUCGUGCAAUGAUGGAUCUUCCGGUACUGUCGACUAUAACAUUAAUUGAGAAUAGAAUUCCACGUCUCCAAGGAGAAGCCUUUGUAAAUCUUCCAUCAUUGAGUAGGCUUUAUCUUACAAAAAAUCUCAUUACUGAAAUUUUCCCUGGAGCUUUCCAACUGUUACCUAUGCUCCGAGUUCUGGAUUUAAAUUAUAAUCUCAUCAGCAGAAUUCAUCCAGAGUUCUUCGUUCAAAGAUCAGGCAGCAGCCUUGAAGAAUUAUGGAUAAUAGGCAACAAUUUAAGACGAAUAAAUGAAGUUCGUGCUAUUAUGGAUGCUCUUCCCAGAUUGAAGUUUCUUGACGUUUCAUAUAACUAUCUUGAAGAGAUUCCUUAUGGAUCAUUGAGAGGUCAUUUGACUCUGGAACGACUUCAUCUUGAUCAUAAUCACUUGAGUUAUAUCCAACGAGAAACGUUUAGUGGAAUGCCUGCAUUAAGAGAACUUAGGUUAAAGAAUAAUUCACUUACAAAUUCUAUGGAAGCACCAUUUUGGAAUUUACCGGGAUUAAAAGGUUUGGAUUUAUCUGAAAAUUAUUUCCGACAUAUCGAGCCAAUAUUACUAUCAAAUUUACCUAAUCUUCGAAAGCUUGAUUUAAGCGGAAAUGGUAUCACUGUGGUAGAACCAGAAGCUUUUAUAAACGUUCCUGCUUUAGAACAUCUUAAUAUUUCUGGCAAUGCUAUCUCAAUCAUUCAUCCAAUGACUAUGAGACAUUUAACAGAGUUAUAUGAGUUGGAUGUUAGUUGGAAUAGACUCCUAGAAGUGGUUCCAAGUCUCCCAAAAAAUGUUGAACAUCUAUAUAUGCAAAUGAAUAGAAUAGUUGAACUUCCAGCAUUGGAAACACGAGAUCUAGCUCUUCCAAUCCUCCGAACUUUUGACAUAAACGCCAAUGGCAUUGAAAGAAUACCACCAGGUGCUUUGAGUGAAAUGCCAAAUCUUAGGAAGCUAAAUUUAGGCUAUAAUGCACUAAGAAUAAUUGAAGAUGGUACGUUCGAUGGACUGGUUAGAUUGGAACAAUUGGAUUUGAGAUAUAAUCGAAUCAUGUCAGUCCAUGGUCGAAGUCUCAUGCCAUUAAAGUCUUUAAAGGAUUUAAACUUACGUGGGAAUCGAUUAGAGGUGCUAAGACCGGAUAUUUUUGUAGAUAAUAUUGAACUUCAAAGGCUAGAUUUAGCAAGGAAUAAUAUUGCACAGUUUCCGCAUUCAACGUUUACCAGUACAAGAAACUUACGAGAACUUUAUGCAUCACAUAACACUUUAUCUGAACUUCCGGCGUCACUUCAUGGGCUUUCAUCUUUAGAAGUUCUGGAUUUGAGCUUUAAUAAAUUAGUAAUGCUAUCUUCAGAUACUCUCAGUACUCUUACAUCUCUUCUUGAGUUGAAGCUUGGAAAAAAUAAAAUCAUGGAGUUAAGAGAGGGAGCAUUGAAUCGAUUACCUAGACUCACCGUCAUCGAUCUUGAAAAUAAUGAUUUAAGAGUUAUUGAAAGAAAUGCAAUAAAAAAUCUGCCAGAACUACAAGCUAUACGAUUAGGAAAAAAUCGAAUUCAGAUGAUUCCAACAGGAGCUUUUACAGAUCUUCCUCUGCUCCAAAUUGCAGAAUUACAAGAAAAUCGAAUUCAAGAAAUAGCUCAAAAUGCAUUCAUAAAUGUUCCCAAUAUUCUACUGCUUAAUUUGAGUUACAAUCUACUACCAAGUCUUGAACAUGCAGGAAUAUCGAAUUUGCGAUCGUUGGAAGUAUUAGAUCUUAGCUUCAAUCGUUUAACCAUGGUAUCAAAUAAUAACCUUGCCGAUUUGGAGUGGCUUGUUGAGUUAAAGAUGGAUAACAAUCGAAUAUGUGGAAUCCAAGGUUCUCCUUUCGAUAACAUGCCAAGGUUAAGGGUCUUGAGCAUGCGAACAAACAGGAUGUCCAGUAUUAAUGAGAAUGCAUUCAAAAGGCUCCGAUCUAACAUUGCUGUGCUGGAUAUUGAUGGAAACCCCUUGUCUUGUUCUUGUGGAAUGAUUUGGUUGAGAGGAUGGAUACAGCAGUCGUCAUCGGAAGGGCCAAAAUGUGCUGACGGUACACUUUUCAGAGAAAUGAGACUUUCACGUACUGAUUGUUUAAAUAAAAAAGAACGUGAACCUGUUCAUCCUGAUUGUGAAACUGAAAUGAUCGAUCAAACUUUAAUGUCCUCUCAACAGGGUGAUAAAAGACCACCACCAGCUUGGAUGAAUACCCACAGUCCAACAAAAUUUAAUCAAGAGCCUGAUUAUUAUGAAGAUUAUCUUGAUGUCCCGUACAAUAUGACUAACAAAUUAUCUCCUUCAAAUAUAAACCAGUCAUCGAUAAUAUCUCAAAUACCAACCGGACCAAUUAAAUUUAUUCAAACAACAACAUCGGCUCCUCCUAUCAUUCUUCAGAAGAAGAAAACACCACUGCAAUCACCUGGUAGUUCUGGAUUUACAUUUUUCGGCGUUCCUCUACCUAGUUUGAAUUUUAAUCUUUGGGGAAAUUCUCGAAAAAAGUCUCAUAGGAAAGAAGAAACAGCAGCACGAAGUAAAUACAAACCUUUUAUACCCCGAGAACCUGAGAUGUAUAGAGGAUUUACUCCUUUACCAGAAACUGAAGGUGGAUUUAAACCAAUUGUUGACCCACGUAUCAUGUUUCAACGACAAAUGACUAAUGAAACUAUAAGAAAUGGAACUAGGAAUGGAAUAGUAACAAGAGUUUAUCAAGAUAACAAAAAAACUAUUAAUGAAGAAAUAGAAAAUAAAGAAAAAAAGAGAAUUUUUACUAAUGAAGGAUCGAAUAUAAAACCGGAUACUUCCACUUUUUCAAUUGGCACUGAUAUUCAUCAAACUCCAUCACUUGAAGUUGUCAAUAAAAUUCAUUCUAAUUCUUAUAAUGUAUCUUCUGUGAAUAAAACUGAAAGCACAAUAAAUGGUUCAACCACACAAGGAUAUAAUAAUGUCAAUUUCGAUGUAGAUUCUGAAGAAUCAGUAUUACUUGAAGGGAAAGUAGCAAGCCGAAUAGUUUGGACAACUCCUGGAACUAAUUUACAGAAAGAAUAUGUACCAGAAGUACAUUCAACUGAAGGUGCAAGCUUAACGCAAGAUAAAGUGUUUUGGAAUACUGAAGAAAAUCGUCCAUCACUUUCUAAACCUAUUGACACUACUCCUAUGACCUCUGAGACAACUUUUGAUCCAAUAAUAUUCGUAACAACGACUGAAAAUAGAACAAGUGACUAUUAUGGAGCAACUACGACUUUACAAUCUUUAUUACAGAAUAGAAUUGCGUCUCAAACUUCACAAGCUCUUGAGCCGUCAGCUUUAUCAGCCCUUUUAAUUCCUGGAGGCCAAGUUACUGCCUUCAAUCCAGUAAUGGCAGCUCGCCCUGCUGGUAAAUCCACUAUUGAAAAAGUUCCCUCACCAUUCCUGGUUUCUAAAAAUGAUAGCCAUAUUACUAAAAUUGAACAAGUUAUUAAAAAUGAGAGCAAAUAUUCGCCAGAGAUCAUUACAGAAAAAAUGCUGACCAAAAAUAAUUUUCAAGGACUCCAUGAAGAUGAUCCUUUUAAUUGGUAUUUCCAGAACUAUAAUAUAACUAACUUAGAACCUUAUGUUGCAGUAAUUGAAAGUGGAGUUGCAAAAAUAUGUACUCCACACAUUUUAGUGAUACUUGUAAUGCAAAUAUCAUUUAUUUUAGUGCACUAGUGAUUGUUUAAAUAUGUGAGUUAUGUACUGGAAUACCAAAGUCUAUUUAGAAAUAUAUG